CAGUCUUUCCUCUGGGGAUUCGCGAUAUCACACUAUUCUGCCAAUAUUUUGUUCAAAGGACAAAAGCUCCAGGACUGUGGCUUUCUCUGUUCUUGUUUCUUUUUCCCAUCGCCGGAAUAUUCACUUUUGUUCAUUCUCUGCUCACAGCUUCCGGCAGCGCGCCCGUCACAUCACGAAUCAAAUUCAAUUCCUUUCCAAGAUGGCAGUCAUCGAUACCCUCCCCGCUGUCAGCGUUUCCAUUCGCCUCAAGAACGCCUACCGAGACGCUGAUGAAUACCCCGAUCCGUAUCCGUACCAUGAGCCUGAGAGAUACAUGAACGAUUACGAGCAGUGUGCCCGUAACUAUAUUGAGAGCAAGGAAGGUACUGGAUUCGCGGUUCACAUCAAUGUCUUGGAUGAUGCCACGAUUGACCCCUGGGUCCACCAAGACGAUGGUCUGGUUUUCCUUCUCUUCAUCGACGGCCAGUUCGUCGGAAAGCGAUUCUGCUACGAUGAUUACUUCAAGCAUGGAGGCUGGCACUUUGCCUUCAGAGGCAAGAGACAUCCCAACCAGGACAGAAGUGCCAUGGUUGAGAGCAACUUCAAGUUCGAGACCAUCACUGCAGCAGUUGACCAAGACGCUACAGAUGGCGAAUUGAGACGUGCCAAGAAUCUUGGUACGAUCGAGGUUCGCGUCAGACUUGCCAGAUUCGCUGGCAGUCCACGCCGUAAUAGACGUGUCGACUUGGAGAGACCAUUUACGGAGCCGCAGUACAAUAAGUGCGAGAUCUCGGAGGAGACCAUCAAGGGCCGCCCCAUCUACCAUGGCACUUCCUUCACCGCGCCGGUCAACAAGCAUCUGUGGCCUCCCAGCAAUGCCCAUCGAGGAGCCAUUGAACAGAUUCGCAAAGGCCCCCUCUUUGCGACCUACACAUUCAAAUAUCGCUCGCGAGAUGCACUGAAGAUUGAAGAGAUUCUUCACCAGUCCCCCAGCCCCAAGCCGGCCCCCACGCCACUGCCUCGUCAGAGACCGGUCUACUUUGGCAUGUCAAGCCUUCCUAGACUCGAAGACCUUCAUGACGAUGAAGUCGAACGCCUUGCUCGAGAGAGACACCAACAGCUCCAAGUCGAGCACGCGCAGCCUUCGACUCAGAAGAACAAACGGAGCUAUGACGAGUUCUGUGAUCUUCCAAAGGGCGCAGAUGAGCAGUCAGCUCGUCCUUACAAGGUCAUUAAGCUGGGAAACGGUCAUGACGCCAUUGAUCUCACGGGCGGCUACUAGAGAUGUAGGCCAGGAGAUCGCGCGUUUGUUGUAAAGACGGAACCAGCACAGGAUGGAGGUCACUGUAAGAGUCUCAUUCUUCAAACCUAACCUAUUGUGGGGUGGUGAAUCCACAAGCCAAAUUUCACUGCAGUGAAGGGAGGACUCUAACUGAAGGCAUCUCGGAUGAGGGAGAUUGUUUGGCUGAAAGGAAGUUGACAAUGCUUUGAUAGAAACUUGGUUCGAGGGAGCAGGUGGAAGAGUAGUAGGACUUACAUCCAUCAGAACGCUUGCUCCCGGGCCAGCAUUAGUUUUGUUAC